AUGAAACAGCCCCAAUCGGCCACAAUGCAUACGCCUUGCUUCGCGCAUUAUGGCAUGACCUGGUCGCCCUUUCACAAUGGGCGGAUUGCCAUCGCCUCCGCCGCAAACUAUUAUGGCCUCGUAGGAACUUACGGAAGACUACCCUUGGCAUAUCUUGGAUCAAGUCCUCCGGAAACAAACUCACGCUUCAAGGAUGGCCUGCCAUACGAUGCUGCGCGGUCGGAGAUUCACGAAAACCAGCCGGGUGGGUCAGGAGAUCGGUCAACAAAGCUAUGGGAUGUCAUGAUCAAGGUAUACUUUCCAAUACGUGCCUGGCAAGAGCACUCGCACGAAUUCGUUUUAUCGCUGUGGGACGGGACAGUGAAGCUCUGGACACCAGAACGCCCUCGCUCUCUCACCGCGCUCCAAGCCCACACCUCCUGCGUCUAUCAAGCCAUCUUCUCCCCGCACCAGCCCGACGUGACUGCCACGUUCUCGACCGACGGCACCUUCGACCUCCGCGCGCCGGCGUAUAUGCCCGCGACCCCGGGCGCGAACGUGUUCGCUGCGCCCCUGACUGCGCCCGCGCUCACUGUGCCCACAUCAGGAGGGGAGGUGCUUUCGCUCGACUGGAACAAAUUUGGGACUGUCGCAUGGUCAAGCAUGGUCCGGGUGAGGCCGCGGGGAAACCUGCAGUGGGAGGGGUAUGUAUGCGAGAUGCACCUCGCGGGUCACGAGUACGCGAUAAGGAAGGUGCAGUGGAGCCCGUACCGGGUGAACGUGCUCGCGAGCGCGGGCUACGCCAAGACCUGCCGAAUCCGGGAGGUUCACACCUGCUUGCCAUAA